UCUCAUUGGUGAUUUCACGUCUGCAACUGGGCGUGUGGAUUCACUGGCAAGCUGCUCAAAGCUCGAUGCUCAAUCGAUAAACUCUGGCUGACAAAUGCUGCUCUUUCUCUCUCGAUUGCCUCUCCCAGACAUACAAAGAUCCAUUGAAUAGUAUACUGCCUGUUGUUCUGUUAUUCCGCUGCUCAAACCCAGCCGAAGGAGAAGCAUCUCACGCCUCGCGAGCUGCAUUUCCGGAAAUCCCGCUUAUCUCCAGUUUCCCCGUUCGACCCGGCGUUUGUCUCCCACAUUUCUGUUUAGUUGUUCCUAUCGUGAAACUCCGGCGCUCAGAUGACCAACAUCGGCAAGGCCUGCGAGGCGUGUCGGGUCCGGAAAACGAGAUGUGACGGCAAGGAGCCGUGUGCCCGAUGUCUCAACCGGAGCGUGUCGUGCGUCUAUCGGGUCCGGACGAGGAACCGGCCUCGCAAGUCUCAGACGCCGGCAGCCGGCGCAGUCUCCUCGUCCGGGGCUAGUAAUACGGACGAGGCUCCGGCUCCGAUCAAUGUGGCCCCGGAGAGUCGGGACAAGCCAAAGGACGACAACAGCUGGGGCUUCCACGUCCACAGCGUGGCAGCCAUCACCACUUCGCCGUCGUCCAUCAUUCAGCUGCACUAUGGGCCAUCAUCCAACUUCUCCAUGCUUCACUCCAUCUACAGACUCAUCACAGGUAUCCAGACUCCGCUGACACGGCGAGAAGAGGUAGCCCAGGUCGGCCCUGGGCUUGACCUGUUCCAGAACCGACAGCUCUUCUUUGGCGAUCUAGCUGAUGGCAAGUCGACGACGAUGGCCAACGACUAUUCCGCCAUGUUCCUGGAUAGGGAGCUGUGUAACCGUGUGUUGGAGCGGUACUUGGCAACGUUCUGGCAUUUGUUGCCCAUCCUGACCAAGGAGGACUUUCGUCGCCGUGCGGAGCUUCUGUACUCUUCGCCGGGGCUCUUCUCCUUUGACUCUCCCGAUGUUGUCGUCGUGAUGCUAGCAAUGGCCAUUGGCGCAUCCAUCCUCGAAGAAGAAGCGUUAGCGCAGUUCUUGUUCCAGCGGGCAUCACAAGGAGCUGACAAGUUGGACGAGCUUGUCAAUAUCCAAGCAAUCCAUAUUCCUUUGUUACAAGCCCAAUUCCAACUUGAGAGGUCACGGCCUCAUUCUGCGUUUCUAUACGUAGGUGUGGCGUCAAGGAAAGCUGUUGCGGCUGGUCUGCAUAGGGGAAUCAGCAUUCGAGGGCAGAUGCGAGAUUGCUUACAACGGAGGUUGACGUUUUGGAGUCUCUUCAUCAUGGAAACCUGGGUUUGCUUCUGCCUUGGACGCCCGACCUCCAUAUCAGACCCGGGCUGCGGAGUCCCCGUGCCGGCGGAGGAGAAAUUCAUCUUGGCGCUUGUUCGGCUGGCGAGACUUGUCUCAAAGUGUGCAGCACGCAUCUAUAACCAACAUCACGAGUCGCUACUACACAUGUGGAACGCGGCAACCGAGCUUCGCCACGAGCUGCAGGCGUAUGCAGAAGAGCAGCUGUUUGAUGUUCACCUCGACAUUCAGGGUGAGCCGGGGACAGGAGAAUGCGGAUUCUGCAAGACCAUCAUCGCCUCGAUGUAUCACCACGUUCAGCUGUUAAUGUUUCGCCCAUUCCUCGUCCUCAGGGGCAAGCUUAGGACUCCCGCGCCGCAGGUUGGAGCCGAGUCAUGCGACAAACUCAGGGAGCUUACAUGGCUUGACACUGCAUGCGAGUAUUGCGUUGAGCCAGCCCGCCAGAUUAUCAAGUACAUCAACAAGUCGUGCGAGAUCAAUCACCUCUGCAAGGAGGUGAAAUAUUUCUCCUUCUUCCUAGAGGGUGCCUGUUACGUCCUAGGCUUCGACAUGCUCCAGGACAAGAGCAAAGUAGAAACUCACUUGCCGUGGCUACACGUUGCUCUCGACUGUCUAUCCAGCAUGACUCCCACCAACGAGGCAUCCCCCUCACAAACCCAGAUCCUCAUCAAGGCCAUCAACCGCAUCAUCUGCACCGUCGUUCCGUCCUCCAACCCCUGCCGCGGAGUCGAGAGCCUCUGCGGAACCCCCCAAUGCGCAGCUGCCGAGGCCGGCCUACCGAUGCACCCCAACAAUCUGAUGACGCCCUCCGACACUUCCGGCUCCGCGUACCCGCCGUCUGUGCCGUCCAUGUCUCUCACUUAUUACGCUCCGAACAGCGGACGGUCGUCUGCCGUGCCGUUUCAGCAGGCCGAGGGCCAGACCGCCGCGAUGAGCAUCCCGGGGGCUCAAGAUCCGGAUUUCGACUGGAGAAUGUUUGACGUGGAGACGCUCAUGUCGAUUGAUCCAUUUGAGUUUAUCUUGAAUGCAAAGAUGAAUGAAGAUGGACAGACAGUAUCAUAAAAAAGUUCAUCUUCUCUUCUCUCUACUUUUUUCUUCUUCAGGUUACUUUUUGCUACAUGUACUUUUAUCAGAUUGGAUGUCGAUGCACGUGUACGCUACUCACAUGGGAUAUCAAGGGGAAAAGGAAUAUGGCGUUUUGGUUUAAUAGGGCAUUGGUAAUACUUAUUCAGCACAGCAGUUAUCUUGGCUAUAUACACGAUGACAAGUCGUCAAUCUUUUUAACAUAAAAAAUAUAACCCUUUGAG